AUGGCCUACAACAUAGAAGAGGAUCCUGCGAACAUUAAAGAAGCUCUGUCAUCAUUAGAUGCUGAUCUAUGGCAAGAGGCUAUAAACGAUGAGAUGGAUUCUCUAGAAUCUAACAAGACCUGGCAUCUGGUAGACUUGCCUCCUGGUUGCAAACUAAUAGUUCAUCUAACGCGUUGUCGUAAUGGUUGUGGUUUCUAUGGUUCUGCUGAAAACAAAAACUUUUGUUCAAAGUGUUACAAAGAUUGCAUCGAAGAAAACACCAACACAUCAGAAAUGGAAGGUCCUGUUCUUGGUUCAUCAUCUCCUUCUCAAAAACAGAGUAUUUCAGAGAGCUCUGUAACUGAUUUAUGUGCAGCUAUUGAUUCUAUUACUCUCACAGACACUACAACCAUCAAGAAGAAAAAUAGGUGCAAUAGUUGCAACAAAAAAGUUGGAAUACUUGGAUUCGAGUGUCGCUGUGGAGAUUUAUUUUGUGGAAGACAUAGAUACCCAGAAACACACUCAUGUAAUGUUGAUUGGAAAAACAUUGGUCGCCAAAUUUUGGCCAAACAAAACCCAAAAUGUGUUGGUGACAAAUUAGAUUCAAGGAUAUAGGAUAUG